GCGUGGGCAUGUUGCUGAUGGUGGACGACCCGACAUGCACACCCAGAACGUGUUUCAUGUUCUUGGGGGCGCAAUACAGUUACCGAUGCCGCUGCUGCCCGGACCUCUCCUGGUGCGCGAUCAGGCCCGAAUGCCGAGGAAGAUCCAGCCGCGGCGGCAAGUGCUUUCCAGGACGAGCAGCGGCAUCGUGGGUCCACGCGCACACGUACGAGUUCGAGCAGUCCGCGUUCGCGGCCUUCCUGCUCUCGGGGCAGGGGCUGCCUCUGCACGACCCGCCCCCCGGGCUCGAGGCUGCGCUCCGAGCGGUCACCUGGGACCGCGUGGAGUACCCCCCGCAGCGGUUCGUGGAGCAGCAGCGGCACUGGACGGGGACGCCGGACCGCAUCGCCCUCUACCACCGCAGUGGCUGCCCGCUGGAGGAGAAGCUGCACUACAUGCGCGCGGCCCUCGCGCCCAACCGCAGCGCGUUCCGGGCGCAUGCUUUGCGGUUCUGGCGGCCCUGGGCCUCGUUCACG